AUUAAACACAGACAUAUUGUGAGGCUCUUAGGUUAUUGUGCAGAUCUGGGAGGAGAAAUCCUAGUUUGCGAGUUCAUCAACAAUGGCACUCUUUACGAGCAUAUUCAUGGAAAAAGCGAAGGAUCAUCAACGCUCUCAUUCCAAAUGCGAAUGAAGAUAGCAGUAGAAAUCUCAGCAGCACUAGAAUACUUGCACUCCUCCUCCUCUACUUCCAAGAAUAAAUCAAUCGUACAUCUAAAUGUGAAUUCGAAAAGAAUACUAUUAGAUAAGAAUUACAGGGCAAGAUUGGCCAACUUUAGAGAGGCAAAAGUGAUUCCUCAAGAUCAAACUCAAAUACAAGGCACCCUGCGAGGUUUAGCCGGAUACUUAGACCCUGAAAAUAAACAAUCAAAAAAGUUGUCAACAAAGAACGACGUCUAUAGCUUUGGAGUGGUCCUAGUUGAGCUACUGACAAGCCAGAAAGCAUUUUGUGGUGAAAAGCCUAAGGGACAGAGAGGCCUAGCAAAGUUAUUUGCUCGUUCAGUGGAAGAGGGUCGCUGGGAUCAAAUUCUUGAUGGUAAAAUAAUCAAGGAGGAAAAUUUGGAGACAGCCAAGAAAGUGGUUGAUCUCGCAAAAAGCUGUUUAGGGUUGCAAAAUGAAAGGCCUUCCAUGAGAGAAGUAGCCAUGAAGCUCGAGGUUAUGGCAUGGGAUUAUUCAGCUGCUAAGGGACUGGCUAAGUUGAAUUUCUCUCCAUCUCCCAAAGAGACCGAUGAGUUGCUUGGGUCACCUUCAAACGCUCAACUUCUUCAUGUCAGACGUGAACAUGAUGAAUCUUUUGGCCGUGCAGAGUUAUACGACGACAGCAGCUUGCAAAAUCAAAUCGAAAUUAAUGUCGAACUCGUAUGA